CCAAUUCAUGAAUGUUACUGUAAGUUGCUGAACUGCCCCGACAAGUGCAGGGGUUAAAACACAUUAGCAGACUGAAGCUGACAACACUGGCUGCAUCCCUGGAUCUCGCAGUAAUUUGCUUCCCCCGACGAGGAGAAGAAGAGAGGGGGAGAAAAAAAAAAAAGGAAGAGAAGAGAAAAUUGAGAACAGCUACAGAAAGAGUGGAUAACCUGGCAGUGCUUCAAAUGACUCCUUUAGAAGAAUGAAAGAAGUGGCUGUGGGCUUCCUGCCAUCCAACAUGUCUUUAGAGGAGAGUGCUGCGAGAGACAUGGCUGAGAGCGAGGCGGAUUGUUCCGAGGGACUGGACGAGGUAGUCCUGGGGCGCAUUGCCAGCUUGCCCCUGGAUCCGUUCCCACCCAGGGACUUCAGAGGGAAGUUUAAAAAGAUGCGCUAUAAGAAGAGGCCCACCAUUCUUGAAUCCUCGCCCGUGGGGAACGGAUACAGUAAACCUCCCAUCCCUCCAGUCUGCUGUCCUCAGGGAGAGAAAGGUCCACCGGCCAUGUUGCCCAUCAGCGUGGACCCGGAGAGCAAGCCGGGCGAGUACGUCCUCAAGAGCCUGUUCGCCAACUUCACCACGAUGUCCGAGCGCAAGAUCCGCAUAAUCAUGGCUGAGCCGCUGGAAAAGCCAUUGACAAAGUCACUACAGAGGGGAGAAGAUCCUCAGUUUGACCAAUUGAUAAGCACCAUGAGCUCUCUGGCUGAAUACAGUCUCCCCUCCAUCCUGCGCACUUUGUUUGACUGGUACAAACGACAAAAUGGACUAGAGGAGGAGCUGCACGAGUACCGGCCGAGAGCCAACACCAAGUCCAAAAACGACGAACAGCAGAGAGAUUACCUACUUGAAAGGAGGGAUUUGGCCAUUGACUUCAUCUUCUCUCUUGUACUUAUAGAAGUUUUGAAACAGAUGCCGCUCUAUCCGUCUCUCGACAGCUUGGUCAAUGAAGUCAUUAACUUAGCGUUUAAGCACUUUAGAUACAAAGAGGGAUAUCACGGUCCUAACACUGGCAACAUGCACACUGUAGCAGACCUCUACGCUGAAGUCAUAGGCGUUUUAGCCCAGUCCAAGUUUCCUGCUGUGAAGAAGAAGUUUAUGACUGAGCUGAAGGAGCUGCGGCAGAAAGAGCAGAGUCCGUAUGUAGUCCAGAGUACCAUUAGCCUCAUCAUGGGGGUCAAGUUCUUCCGAAUUAAGAUGUAUCCCGUUGAGGAUUUUGAGGCCUCGUUUCAGUUCAUGCAGGAGUGUGCCCAAUAUUUUCUGGAAGUCAAAGAUAAGGACAUUAAGCAUGCCUUGGCUGGUCUAUUUGUUGAGAUACUGGUUCCUGUAGCAGCAGCUGUGAAGAACGAGGUGAACGUACCCUGCCUGAGGAACUUUGUGGACAGCUUGUACGACACAACCCUGGACCUGUCCUCCAGAAAGAAGCACUCCCUGGCGUUUUACCCAUUGGUGACGUGCCUGCUGUGUGUCAGCCAGAAGCAGUUCUUCCUUAACAGAUGGCAUGUCUUCCUUAACAACUGCCUCUCAAAUCUGAAGAGUAGAGACCCUAAAAUGGCUCGUGUCGCACUGGAGUCUCUGUACCGACUCUUGUGGGUCUACAUGAUCAGGAUAAAGUGUGAGAGCAACACUACGACGCAGGGUCGUCUCAACACGAUUGUAACAACACUCUUCCCCAAAGGAUCCCGCAGCGUGGUGCCGAGAGACAUGCCUCUCAACAUCUUUGUCAAAAUCAUCCAGUUUAUUGCACAGGAAAGACUGGAUUUUGCCAUGAAGGAGAUUAUCUUUGACCUUCUAUGUGUUGGGAAACCUGCAAAAGCCUUUAGUCUUAAUCCUGAGAGAAUGAAUAUUGGCCUGAGAGCGUUCCUGGUUGUCGCCGAUAAGCUGCAGCAGAAGGAUGGCGAGCCUCCCAUGCCGAACACUGGCUCCACUUUGCCCUCUGGAAACACACUGCGAGUGAAGAAGACAUACCUGAGCAAAACGCUGACAGAUGAGGAGGCCAAAGUCAUUGGUAUGUCACAGUAUUAUUUUCAUGUGCGGAAGGCUAUUGACAACAUCCUGAGGCACCUGGACAAGGAGGUGGGCCGCUGCAUGAUGAUGACUAACGCUCAGAUGUUGAACAAGGAGCCUGAGGACAUGAUCACAGGUGAAAGGAAGCCCAAGAUCGACCUGUUCAGGACAUGUGUCGCUGCCAUUCCACGUAUUCUGCCUGACGGGAUGUCAAGGCCGGAGCUCAUAGACCUGCUUUCUCGGCUGACAAUCCACAUGGAUGACGAGCUUCGACUCAUAGCUCAGAAUUCCUUGCAGAGUCUGCUGGUGGAUUUCUCUGACUGGCGUGAUGACGUACUGUUUGGAUUUACCAACUUUCUGUUACGUGAGGUCCAGGACACCCACCAGGGAUUGUUAGAUUCUUCUCUCAAAUUGCUGCUGCAGUUGCUCACACAGUGGAAGCUAACCCUGGCUGCUCCAGGGAAGAGCCAUGACACAGCUAAAACACACGCUGUCGAGCUGCUGCAGACCAGCCCCAGCCUGAAGAUGCCUCCUGAACGUGGUCCUCACUCCACUGUGCUGCACGCUGUGGAGGGGCUUGCACUUGUGCUGCUCUGCUCCUGCCAACUGAGCACCCGCCGGCUCGCCAUCUCUGUGCUCAAAGAGAUACGAAGUCUCUUUGUGACCCUCGGACAGUCUGAGGACGACGACAAACCAAUGAUAGAGAUUAUGGAUCAGCUCAGCCCCGUUAUCAUGGAAAGCUUUGUCAAUGUUGUGGUCUCUGACACGGCCACCCUGCCAGCUGGUCACCCUGUGGACCUUCAGUGGCUCGUGGAGUGGAACGCCUUGCUCGUCAACAGCCACUACGACAUUAGGAGCCCCUCGCACGUGUGGAUCUUUGCUCAGUCAGUCAAGGACCCCUGGGUGCUGUGUGUGUACAGCCUCCUCCGACAGGACAACCUGCCCAAGCACUGCCCCACAGCUCUCAGCUACGCCUGGCCCUACGCCUUCACUCGAAUGCAGACACUCAUGCCCCUGGUAGACCCAAAUAAUCCAGUGUAUGCCAAGAAGACCAGCACCUCUGGCAGUGGAGAUAACUACGUCACUCUGUGGAGGAACUACCUGAUCCUUUGCUUUGGAGUGGCCAAGCCCAGUAUCAUGAGCCCUGGCCAUCUGAGAGCAUCGACACCUGAGAUCACGGCGCCUACACCUGACAGCGGUGUCGGCUACGAUAACAAGGUUAUCGGGAGCCCAUCUGUGGCUUGGCUUCUGAAGCAGUUGGUUCCUCUGAUGAGGGCAGAGAGCAUCGAGCUGACGGAGUCAUUAGUUCUGGGGUUUGGUCGCACCAAUGCACUUGUGUUCAGGGAACUGGUGGAAGAGUUACAUCCCUUAAUGAAAGAAGCACUGGAGAGGCGACCUGAGAAUAAGAAGCGGCGUGAAAGGCGAGACCUGCUGAGACUGCAGCUGCUGCGGAUCUUUGAGUUACUAGCAGAUGCAGGUGUCAUCAGUGACAGUACAAACGGAGCGCUUGAACGUGACACCCUCGCCCUUGGUGCUCUGUUCUUGGAAUAUGUGGAUCUCACCCGAAUGCUUUUGGAAGCCGAGAAUGACAAAGAUGCAGAGAUCCUGAAAGACAUCCGAGCUCACUUCAGCGCCAUGGUGGCCAACCUCAUCCAAUGUGUACCAGUGCACCACAGACGCUUCCUGUUUCCACAGCAGAGUCUGCGGCAUCACCUCUUCAUCCUCUUCAGCCAGUGGGCAGGCCCUUUCAGCAUCAUGUUCACCCCUCUGGACCGAUACAGUGACAGGAAUCACCAGAUCACAAGAUAUCAGUAUUGUGCUCUAAAGGCUAUGUCUGCUGUGCUGUGCUGUGGGCCUGUGUUUGACAACGUUGGCCUCUCUCCAGACGGAUACCUCUAUAAGUGGCUGGAUAAUAUACUUGCUUGCCAGGAUCAGCGGGUCCAUCAGCUUGGCUGUGAAGUUGUCAUCUUGCUCCUGGAGCUCAAUGCUGACCAGGUCAACCUGUUCAACUGGGCUGUGGAUCGCUGCUACACAGGCUCCUACCAGCUCGCCUCAGGCUGCUUCAAAGCCAUCGCUACAGUGUGCGGCAGCAGCAAAAACUACCCCGGUGACAUAGUAACGCUGCUGAAUCUGGUGCUCUUUAAGGCCUCAGACACCAACAGAGAAAUCUAUGAGAUUUCAAUGCAGCUCAUGCAGAUACUUGAAGCUAAAUUGUUCGUGUACUCGAAGAAGGUUGCCGACCAGAAGCCGAAUAGCAUCCUCUAUGGCACCCAUGGUCCACUGCCACCCUUGUACAGCGUCUCCUUGCCUCAGCUGUCCAGCCAGCUGGCCAGGAUGUACCCUGAACUCACUCUUCCUCUCUUCUCAGAGGUUAGCCAGAGGUUCCCCACCACGCAUCCCAAUGGAAGGCAGAUCAUGCUGACCUAUCUCCUGCCGUGGCUCAGAAACAUAGAGCUGGUGGAUAGCGGCCUGCUGCUCCCAGUCUUCACACCGUGCACCUCGAGUUAUGACUCUUCAAGCCAGCUGACAAGCACAGGUUCAUCACACCAGCUGAAAGGCACUGGCUGGGGCUCCUUACAAGCUACCUCGAUGGUUCUCAAUAACCUCAUGUUUAUGACCGCUAAGUAUGGAGAUGACCUACCUGGGCCGGAGAUGGAAAAUGCCUGGAAUGCUUUAGUCAGCAAUGAGAAGUGGAGCAACAAUCUGAGAACCACACUGCAGUUUCUCAUUAGCUUGUGUGGUGUCAGUAGCGACACCACCCUUCUGCCAUAUAUCAAGAAAGUGGUGAUAUAUCUGUGCCGAAAUAACACCAUGCAAACCAUGGAGGAGUUGAUAUUCGAGCUACAGCAAACGGAUCCAGUCAACCCCGUGGUGCAGCACUGCGACAGCCCGCCUUUCUAUCGCUUCAGCGCCACAAGCAAAGUCACGACAGCGGCUUCAGGCACCACAUCGAGCAGCAACACCGUUGUACCAGGCCAGGAGAGCUUUCCCGACACAGAUGAUACCAAGACUGCCAAAGAGAAUGAGGAGAGGCUUAGUCACAUAAUGCGAGCACACAACCGCCUGGAAUCUCGCUACAGCAACAGUUCAGGAGGAUCGUACGACGAAGAUAAGAGUGAACCUUUGCCUCCCUAUGCUGAAUGGCUGAUGGUUGUUGUUGAGAGCAACCAGCCCUAUCCUCUUCCCAUGCCUCUGAACGGAGGAUGCUGGGCUCCGCUGGUCGACUUUUUACCAGAGACCAUCACUCCCAGAGGACCACUGCACAGGUGUAACAUAGCCGUCAUCUUUAUGACGGAGAUGGUGGUGGACCACAGUGUGAGAGAGGACUGGACCAUGCAUCUGCCAUUAUUGCUGCAUGCGCUGUUUUUGGGUAUGGAUCACUACCGUCCAGAGGUGUUUGAGCACAGCAAACGCCUUCUCCUCCAUCUCCUCAUCACCUUGUCCUGUAACAACAACUUCCAGGCCAUUGCAUCAGUCUUACUGCAGACACGCGAGAUCAAUUGCACCAAGACUCUCACCUGCAAACCAAACCUUCAGCCGGACUAUUUACCUUCAGGAGGUUAUGACUUCCUGCGGGAGUGUCAGGCGUCUCCCGUGCCAGACUCCGGUCUGAGUUCUUCUUCGACGUCAUCCAGUUUGAGUCUCGGGGGCAGCAGCAACAACUUACCAGAGAUUUCACAGGACGUGGAGGAGCUGGUGGCCUCCACUAGAAUGGAUGAGAAGACCAACAAGCUCAUUGAGUUUUUAACCACAAGAACAUAUGGACCUCUGUGGUGCCACGAAGACAUUUCAGCCAAGAACCAAAUUUCAAAAAGUACCGGGCAACUGACGAACUUUCUGCGACACGUGGUGUCUGUGUUCAAAGAGUCCAAGUCAGACUUCCACCUAGAGCAGCAGCUCAGUGACGUGGCGCUGCAGACGGCCUUGUGCAGUUCAUCGCGCCACUACGCCGGCCGCUCCUUCCAGGUGUUUCGAACCCUCCGUCAGCCCAUCUCUGCCCACGCUGUGUCUGACCUGCUCUCCAGGCUGGUGGAGGUCAUCGGCGAACACGGAGAAGAAGUGCAGGGCUAUGUAAUGGAAGUAUUACUCACACUGGAAUCUGUGGUGGAUAACUUGGCUGAAUGUCUCAAGAACAAUGAUCUCAUGGCCAUCUUGACGAGAGCGUCAUCCCCAGAUUUCCUCACCAGUUUGAAGCUGCUGUCCAACCGGAAGAGCACGGGGCAGCUCAAUAUGCGGAGAGAUGAGAGGAGCAGACAUCAGAGGAGCUCUUCUGUCCCCAAGAAGUUCGGAGAGGCGGACCGGUGGUCGGAUCCGCCUCGCAGCGCCACGCUCGACCGCAUCCAAGCCGGUGAGCAGCAGGUCUUGUUAGCCAGGAUCCGCAGCUCGUCCUCGUCUAAAGACAACGUCACCGACCCGACGAGCAUCAACCACCCCAGCAAUCUGCUGGCCACCAUCUUCUGGGUGGCAGUGUCACUGAUGGAGUCGGACUUUGAGUUUGAGUAUCAGAUGUCUUUGAGGCUAUUGAACAAGCUGCUGGCCAACGUGUCGCUGGACAAACAGGAGAACAGAGAGAAGCUGGAGAAGCUGCAGAGCCAGCUGAAAUGGAGCAGCUUCACGGGGCUCCAGCAGCUGCUGCUAAAGGGUUUCACCUCGGUGUCCACCACUGACCUCACUCUCCAGCUCUUUAGCCAGCUCACACCUGUGUCACGAGUGCCUGUCGUGGACACUUCACAGUGGAUAGGUUUUCCCUUGAAUGUUCUCUGCCUGCUCCCACACCUGGUGCAGAACUUCGACAGCCCCACGCAGUUCUGUCAAGUCGUUGCUGAGAGAAUAGCCCAGGUAUGCCUUGAGGAGAAAAACGCCAAGCUCUCCAACCUUGCUCAUGUCAUGACUCUGUACAAAACGCACUCCUACACGCGAGACUGCUUCUCUUGGGUCAACGUGGUGUGCCGAUACCUUCACGAAGCUUUCUCCGAUAUCGCCCUGAACCUGGUGACUUACAUGGCAGAGCUGUUGGAGAAAGGUCUCCCCAGUAUGCAGCAGACCCUUUUACAGAUCAUCUACAGCCUCUUGAGUCACAUGGACCUGAGUGGAAUUCAAGCCAAACCCUUCAACGUAGAGGUGCUGAAGACAAUUGAGAAAUUUGUGCAGACUGUCCACUGGAGAGAAGCGCUGAAUAUUCUGAAGCUGGUGGUUUCCCGAUCAGCGAGUCUGGUUCAGCCUUCACUCCCACAAAGCGACCUCUCCUAUGAGGACAUCAGCCGUGUCUGGGACCGCUCCUCCAAGGCCCUGCCUGGGAAGACGUUAGACUUCCACUUUGACAUAUCCGAGACGCCAGUGAUUGGACGGCGUUACGACGAUCUGCAGCGCUCUCCGGGCCAAGAUGUGAAGAGCAGGACGACAGCAGUGACCCGCAGCACAUCCUCCACGUCCUCUGGAUCCACUUCCAACAACGUCCUGGUGCCAGUCAGCUGGAAAAGGCCUCAGUCCUCACAGAAAAGGACGCGGGAAAAACUGGUGAAUGUAUUGUCUCUGUGUGGACAAGAAGUGGGGCUCACAAAAAAUCCAUCGGUGAUCUUCUCCAGUUGCGGGGAGCUGGACCUUAUAGAGCACCAGCCCAGCCUGGUGUCCUCCGACGAAGGGACCCGGGAACUAGACAACAUGGACGACACCACCUCAGAGCAGCAGUUUAGAGUCUUCAGAGACUUUGACUUCCUGGAUGUUGAGCUUGAGGAUGGAGAGGAGCUACAGGGAGAGACUAUGGACAACUUCAACUGGGGGGUGCGUAGACGCUCCAUGGACAGUCUGGACCGUAGUGACCUGCAGCCCCUGGAGGAGAGUCAGCUGUCCAGCAGCAUGCCGAGCCUCAGCAAGAUCACCCAUGAAGACUCAGAUGAGUCAUCGGAGGAGGAUUCUCUCUCUGCCAGCCAGAUACUCUCUCACUCACAGCUUAUUGUCAGCCUCUCUCCGACCGCUGAAGUCAGUAGCAUGGACUCUCCCUCUCCCUUUUUCAAUACAACUUCGGGAGAUUCGACUCCUCUGAACACCAAAAAUCCUAGUUUCGAGGUCCAACUGCCAGAGGACUCGAAGCAGCGGCAUGAGGUGACACAAGAAGACGAAGACACCAAUGUCCACGAGGACGACCUGUCUCUCUCCAUCAGUGAACUGCCGCCUGAAUAUCAUUGCGGUGACAGUUUGAUGGUGGACAGCGAUUACAAAGGAGAACUGGACGUAGACAGCUUCAUCCCUAGCCUUGCUGAGGAAGAGAGAGACGACACGCUCGAUUCGCGUUCUUCACCGCCGCCGUCCCCCUUCUUCUCCGCCAUCCUCGCGGCCUUCCAGCCAACGGUGUGCGACGACGCAGAGGAGGCCUGGCGGAGUCACAUCAACCAGCUUGUGUCUGACUCGGACGGGUCCUGCGCGGUGUACACUUUUCAUGUGUUUUCUUCACUCUUCCAGAGUAUCCAGACCAAAUUCUGUUCCUUGACCUGCGACGCUGUGAGUUACCUUGGUGAUGGUUUGAGAGGCUUAGGCUCAAAGUUUCUGAGGUCUUCACAGAUGCUGACGUCAUGCUCAGAGUGCCCGACGUUAUUUAUUGAUGCGGACACGAUUAUGUCUUACGGACUACUGGAGAAAAUGAAAUUCAGUGUGUUGGAACUUCAGGAAUAUCUUGACACCUACAACAACCGAAAGGAGGCGGUUCUCACUUGGCUGAGCAACUGCAAGGCCACCUUUCCCAAGAGUGCAGGAGGCACGGUGAUAACAUGUCAACCAAUGGAGCAUGAGGAAAAGCAAAUGGAAUCUCUGGCUCAACUGGAGCUCUGUCAAAGACUCUACAAACUUCACUUCCAGUUAUUGCUGCUUUUUCAAUCCUACUGUAAGCUGAUUGAACAGGUCCACGCAAUAAGCUCUAUUCCUGAGCUGACAAAUAUGUCCAGAGAGCUGAAUCAUUUAAAGAGUAACCUGAGGGCAGCAGCAGCCUCGGUGACGGAUGAUGAGCUGGCUGGCCGUGAGAGCUCCUGCCUUGAGCCCACUCUCUGCUCCUCUGAGGCCGCUGUGCAGGCCAUCCUCGAGGGUCUGAAGAACAAUGAGUUUCCCACAGCAAUUCGCUGCAUUCGAGAGUGCAGGACAAUUUGGCCUAAUGACAUCUUUGGCAGUCCUUCUGAGGAUGAAGUCCAAACGUUACUGAACAUCUACUUCAGACAUCAGACUCUAGGUCAGACAGGAACAUUUGCUCUCGUGGGCUCAAAGCAGGACCUGACAGACAUCUCUGCGAAGCUGAUGGAACUUAAUGGAGAGACUCGGGACAUGAUCCGGCGAGCUCAGGGCUACAGAGCUAUCACGGCUUUUCUUCCAGACUCCAGGGUUUCAGGCUCGACUCUCUGAUGCCGGUCUGACAGCGUGUUACACCUGGUGUCAUGCCUCUCUUCCUGUCUGGGGUAGCUGCUAUCAUCUCAGUGCUCUCUCCUGGGAAUAACCAAACCCCUGUUUCCUCUUCUUGCUCAGAGUACAUCAGGAAGUCAUAAUGUCAGAUCUUCAGACGUGCAGCAAUACUGUUGUUUUUAGACAGACGAGUGACUUUGCUGUUGUAAACAGAGUUAGGCUUUUAUUGCACUAAUAAUAAGAGAAACUGUCACAAAGCGACCACUUACUACUGAGGUCACCAACUUUCACAUUUAACAGAUGACAUACCAAAGCUAAAUGAUUCUUUUUCAGUUGUUUUGUUUUAUUUGUCAAGGGAAAAUGUGCAAUCCUUCACUGAAGUGGAAGACGUUUACUGUCUCCUGAAAGAAUGUAUUUGAAUAUCAUAGCAAUGGAUCACAUGGACACUGUUAGUACGGAAAAAGGGAGGCCUCGUGACUUUAGUAAAGUUGUGGGCCUUGUGUGUGUGUUUGUGUGUGGGUGCAGGUGUGCUGAAAGUGUGCUUGAGUGUGUAAUUUUAAAUCUGACGACCAUCACAGAUGGAAUUAUUGAUGCUGAUUGAUGAAGUGGUUCGUAUUAAACUACAUGCUGCAAAUCUACUGUAAUGUCCCUCCAAACCUACAUGCAGCUGUGUGGGUUAUCUGUUACUUAAAACAUCUUACUGUACCUUCUAACUGUGCAGCUUUUAGCAAAUAGAUUAGUUAUUUAUAUUGUAAGCCAGAGAAAAAGAUGCUUUUAUCAGACUAGAUUUAUAGAAAACAAAUAUUUUUGUUUCAUCUGUUAAAACCUGCCAAGCUUGCAAAUUCUAUGUACUAUAAAGUGUAAGAGUAAUGUUUAUGAACAAAUGCAGAAACUAUUUUAACUGAAUAAUUGUACAUAGUGAAAAGGAGGGCUUGGCUCAGACUCAUAAGAUUGUAUUUUUAUGAAGUUACAGUUUGCAUGCAGAAUGAGUUGCAAUAUAUUUGCAAAGCUUCCACAUGAGUUGUUGCAGCCUCUUGCCUUGUAAAUACUACUGCCUUUGCAAUGUACUGUACUUUGGUGUUCUGUACACUUAUGUAACAAUACAAUAAAACUUACAUUUGUUAA